AUGACCCUCACCGGAAGCUGCAUGUGCGGCGGCGUUACGUACGCUGCUGAAGUCGACAAAUACCUGUCCGCUCUUUGCCACUGCACCGAUUGCCAGAAGUGGACUGGCGGUGCCUUCACCUCCAACGCCGUUGUUCCCCGUACCAGCGUCAAAGUGACCAAGGGAACCACCAGCUCCUACGACGCCAUCGGCGCAAGCGGCAAAAUUAACAAGCACUUCUUCUGCCCCACCUGCGGCUCCAGCCUCUAUACCGAAAUCGAGAUCAUGCCCGAGAUGACCUGUAUCAAGGCCGGGACAUUGGAUGGCGGCGAGGCUAACCUUGGUGGCAAGAUUGAUAUCGAAUUCUAUGUUAAGGAUCGUCCUAGUUAUCUUGCUCCUGUUGCGGGUGCUAAGCAGGAGCAGACUUUUGGUUGA